UGUGCACUGGUGCCCCGCAGUGGACAGUACCGGUACAGUGCUCGGGAUAUUCCGACCCUAACCGUACAUAUGCGAAAGAAGCCGAGCCGGAGCGGAGCCGUCCGGAACAUCCGGCUGUAGCUUCUCAACAUAAACAGCAAUGGCGGAGGCAGCAGCAGCGUCUACGGCGGCAGCACCACGAACAGUAGGCUGGACCAAGCACGUUACCUGCAGGUAUUUCAUGCAUGGUCUAUGCAAAGAAGGAGACAACUGUCGAUAUUCCCACGACCUGACCAGCAGCAAACCGGCAGCCAUGAUGUGCAAGUUCUUUCAGAAGGGAAGCUGUGUGUUUGGGGACCGCUGCAGGUUUCAACACUGUAAACCAGUAAAGAACGAGGAGUUGCCAACCCCACAGACACUGCCGCUGCCCUCUGUCUCGCUGACCGGCUCGUCAGACCCAGAACCCAGUGGGCCAACACCCGGUUCAGGGGCACAAGACUGGGUCAACGCUGCUGAGUUCGUUCCAGGACAGCCGUACUGUGGACGGGCUGAGCCGGUGAAGCCUGAGAGCUCUGUCCCUCUCAUUGAGGAGUUUGACAGUGAGGCAUCGCAGGACAACAAAGCGCUGAGAAAGCAGCUCUGUCCAUAUGCAGCCGUUGGAGAAUGCCGUUACGGAAUCAACUGUGCCUAUCUCCAUGGCGACGUGUGUGACAUGUGCGGCCUCCAGGUGCUCCACCCCACCAACAACGCCCAGCGCUCUGUGCACACUAAGGCAUGCAUCGAGGCCCAUGAGAAGGACAUGGAGAUUUCAUUUGCUAUCCAACGCAGCAAAGACAUGAUGUGUGGUGUGUGUAUGGAAGUGGUGUUUGAGAAGGCCAACCCGAGCGAGCGCCGUUUUGGCAUCCUCUCCAACUGCAGCCAUUGCUACUGUCUAAAGUGCAUUCGCAAGUGGAGGAGUGCCAAGCAGUUUGAGAGCAAAAUCAUCAAGUCUUGCCCAGAGUGUCGGAUCACAUCCAACUUUGUCAUCCCAAGCGAGUACUGGGUGGAGGAUAAGGAGGACAAGCAGAAACUCAUCCAGAAAUACAAGGACGGCAUGGGGACUAAACCGUGUCGAUACUUUGACGAGGGUCGUGGAACGUGUCCUUUUGGCUCAAAUUGCUUCUAUAAACACGCCUUUCCUGAUGGACGGCUGGAGGAAGCGCAACCUCAGCGAAGACAGGCUGGAUCCAACAGCAGGAAUCGGAACUCAAGACGAACACCGCUGUGGGACAUCUUCGACGAACGGGAAAGCACCGACUCCUUUGACAACGAGGACGAGGAGAUGGUGACGUUUGAGCUGAGCGAGAUGCUCCUCAUGCUCCUCGCAGCAGGAACCGAUGACGAGGUGACUGAUUCAGAGGACGAAUGGGACUUGUUUCACGAGGAGCUGGAUGAUUUCUAUGAGAUUUACCUAUAGCAGCAACCCCCCCCCCCCCCCACCCCAUGUAUUCUAGACACUAGAAUGGACUGUCUUGUGCGAGUGAUGGACAGUAGCUUUUCCCCAACCCCUGUAUUGUGGCAGUGCUUUGAAGCAGGCCAUUAAUAAAUGAACUUUUAAAAGAUUUAAAAAAAUAAAAAAAAGUCCAACAAGUCAGUGCGCUCGUGCUAAACAUUUUCUAGACAACUAUCCUUGUCUAUCUUGUGCAAUUCUAUUAAAAGGAAAAAAAUAAUAAAAUGACAAAAAGAACUCAAUAUAAGAUUUAACAAAUAAUAACUUUCUUCAAAUAUUGCUAAUAAACAUUGUUAAGUUUAUUUGUGGGUGUGGGUUUGACUUGUAAAUCAGCUACCCAGGUGUUAAUACUUACUUCUGAGACCCUCUUACUUACUCAGCACCAUUUACUGUAAUCGUGAUGGGCAUGUUGUAAGACUUUACAUAUGCUUUUUUUUUUUUCUUUAUUAAAGCGGCUGAUAGCCAAUAUAUUGUGCUGAUGUUAAAUACAUUCACCAUAAUCAUGUUCAUGUUGUACUGAAAAGUAUUAACUGUGUUAAGGUUAGAAAGUCUGUCAUGAGGCAUUUAGAUCAUAUUGAAACACAAACUGUCCAUCAAAGCCCAGACAAUGGAACUUUUGUAAGGUUUGUGGCUGUUCAGAACAGGGUGACCCAAGCCCUGACCGUGAAAAGUCCUUUUUGUAACUCAGACAUUUCAGUGACUGAGCAGCCCGUAACAUAAGUUAUGGAAAAGAUCAAAAUUACUCCAGCACACCGAUUUGAGCCCAAAUAGUGCUCCUCAAUGCUGCCACUUGUUGCUGGAGCUAUACUGCAGAUAUACUACAGAGCAAAAUGGUACUCGCCUCUAUAUAUCUUCUAGCAAACAGUUGUGGCGCUGAAGCAGUCCCAGUCUUCAGUAACACAUUCUAUGAGCCGCUCAGUUACUGAUGUGUCUGGGUUACAAAGAUGGCAAUUGAGGAUCCUGAUACAUUAUAUAACAAUCCAUAACUUGGGGUAGAUUGCUAAGUGGCCCUCACCUUCAUCUACUCCCUCCUCCCUCUCUUUCUCCUCACACACGGACUAGUCUACGAAACGUUCAGCCUUUAGAAUGAAUAAUGAAUUUACUGUGCAAUUUAACUAAAGUUAUAAAUCAGAUUUUAAAGAUACUUUUUGUUUUUCUGUGAUCAAACUAAAGAACCAACUGCCUGUGUUCUUCAUACAGCGGUCAAUUAGACAUAAUAAAUAACUUUAUUUAAAACUUACUAAGCAUCCAGAAACACCUGUGGAACCAAGCCCUUCUUCAGAACCAGGCUAUAGAGAGUGGACUCUAAUAACUCUUAAGCAGUGCAGAGUCACAGAGCUGAGGGACUUUUCAUUCCCCACAACACCAGUGUGAAGGCUGCCGAGACGCUCAGCCACAGACUCCUGAUAGCUGGUCUCAACCUGUUAAACUCCCUUUGAAUGCAUAUGUUUAUACUGAAAUGUGUGUUUUCUAUGUUCCACAGCCAUCCAUCUUAACUUGAAAUUAAAGUUUAUUAUCAAUCUCUGUACUGUGGGGAGUCUAAAUACGUUUGUCUGUUGUCUUGUCUGAUUAAAUCACGGCGGUUCCAUCCCGGCU